AUGCUUCCUAGUUUAGCAAUUUUGGAGAGAAUUGGUAAAGAAAUUAUGUCAAUUCCUAACCGACAAAAAGAAAGUAAGCGGGGAGUUCAUUACGGCUUAUUCUUAUUAGGUUAUAAAAGUGGGUUGAGAAUUAGUGAAGCGGUAAGGUUUGAUUUAGCAACCAAAACCAAGCACGGUUUAUAUCGCAUUACUAAACCAAAAGGGAAAAAAGAGAGAUUUGUUUAUGUUCCUAAAAAAAUUAUCAGAGAGUUAAGGAAAAAGCUAGAUGAUGAUAUUGGUAAUAUUCUAACCGGUAAAAUCUGGUUAGAAAGCAAAGAAAAAGAACCACCGCGACCACCAAGCGAAAAUUUUCCAAAACGACCAUCCGUCAAUUCGGAACCUAUUAUUAAAAAUAAACCAGUAAUUCCCACUAAGAAACCCAUUCAGCAUAAUAAUCCGCCAUUACUUACUGAAAUAAACAAAAAACCCGCAAUUACUAAUUAUCAACCUCAACUAGAGCAAUUAAAACAAACCCAAGCUGAGAACAGCAAUUUAAAAUUAUUAGUUCAAUCAAACAAGCAAAAUAACCAAUUGUUAAAGGAAACUAACACUAAUUUAACACACAAAAUUCAGGCUGACGAACAAAACCAUACUAACCUAAUAAAUGCUUAUCAAAAAGCCUUAAAUGAUAAAGCCAGAGCCGAAUUAUUUGCUGAAAAAGAAAAUCAACGAGCCAACCAUUACCAACAACAAUUAAAAACUAUCGCCAAAGCAUUUUCUCAAUGA